AUGGGGUGCCCGGCAGCCGCGCCGCUCUGCGGCAUCACCGUCCUGCUGGGCGCUGCCCUCCUCCUCUCUGCACCCGCAGGCACCCAGGCUCCAAGCCACAGUGGGCGGAAGGACCCGGCUGCAGAGCAGGAUUUGGCCGAGGAAAUCAUCCUGGGCCUACGAGCCGUGGAGCCGCCGGAGGAGGGCGAGAUCUCCGAUGAGGUGGAACCAGGUGUAAAGGUCUUCUCCAGCAGUGCCUGGGCUCGCCAAGCCCAGGCGGGACCAGAGGAGGACCGCGACCACCUCUACCACCCCCAGGACAAUGCCAGGGAGGCCGAUGCCCACAGGCCGCUCCGGACGCUGUCUCUGGAGGUGCAGAGAGGCCCGAAUGAAGAUCGUGACCAUAUCCACCACGGCUGA